GGCACGGCCCAACCAACCCUCACGUCUCCCCCUGCUUCCUUCCACCUCUCCGCGCCCCGCCGCCGCCGCCGCCGCAUUCCCACUCACGCUGCCGCGGCGGCCACCCCGCCCGCCGCUGCGCUCGCAUUCGCGUCUCCACCGGUCCUUCCCGCGCCACGGCCGCGCACCCGACCUGAUCCCCCGCGCCGCUCGCGAGCCGCCAUCCAGCAGAGAUGCCGGCCCUGAGGCCGCCGCCGCCGCGCCUCAUGCUCAACGCCGUCUCCUGCAUGCGGAACGCGCAGACGGUUCUCCGGGACAUCAACGUCAGCGUCCACGACGGCACGGCGCUCGUCCUCACGGGCGCCAACGGCUCCGGCAAGACCACCUUCCUGCGGAUGCUGGCCGGCUUCUCGCGCCCCUCGGCCGGGGAGAUCCUCUGGAACGGCCACGACGUCACCUCGGGGGUCUUCCAGCAGUACAAGCUGCAGCUCAACUGGAUGUCGCUCAAGGACGCCGUCAAGGAGAAGCUCACCGUGCUGGAGAACGUCCAGUGGUUCGAGCUCCUCGAGGGCAAGCACGGCAGGUCCGCCCCCGCCAUCGAGCUCAUGGGCCUCGGCCGGCUCAUGAACGACAAGGCCAGGAUGCUCUCCAUGGGGCAGAGGAAGCGCCUGCAGCUCGCCAGGCUGCUCGCCAUCGACCGCCCGAUCUGGCUCCUGGACGAGCCCUCUGUCGCGCUCGUCGAGGGUGUCAAGCUGCUCGAGUACAUCAUAGCGGAGCACCGCAAGAAGGGUGGGAUCGUCAUCGUCGCCACGCAUUUGCCCAUUGAGAUCGAGGAUUCCAUGAACCUCCGGCUUCCGCAGCGGUUCCCCAGGAGGAAAACUCUGGUUGAUCUUGUGCGUUGAUUGAUUGGAGCUCAAAAUAUGUAGCUGUAUCUUUCUAAUUCUUCUCCAGCCAUACAAGUUUUGCGUUGGAGCAACUUCUGAUGGUGCAAUUUUGUGACACUUUCUUCUGGAAAAUAAGAACAUAUUUGCCAUGUCAAUAUAUAUGCUGGUGCCUGCUUUGCUCA